UCCAUUUUUCCUCCCCAACAUCACAUUUGCAUGCUUUCUGACAGCCCGAUUUUUUUUUCCUUUUUUUGCGCUAAUGCCAGAGUGAUUUCGGGCGCAGGCGGAUUAAAUUUGGUCGCUUUAAUUGCGCCGUCCAGACCCCCCUCCUCGGAUUUUCUGUGGUUGACCUUUGAUCUGAGUGUCUCCGGCAGACCAGACGGGGAGUAAUUAAUGGCACCUCGGUGCAGCGGCGAAAAGGCUCGUCGGCGGACGAACAGUACUUUUCUCCUCCGCCCCACGCUAAAAUGGACUGGAGAACGGAAAUGGAGUCCCACAAGGCAGCUGACGCUACAGUUGUCGGGUCCGCGGCUCGGCACGGCUCGGCUGGAGUUCAGCAGCCGAGUCAUUGAGCGAAUGUGACAGAGCCGCGGGCGAACGCGUACCAGGUACGCGUUUGCGUCGGACGGGGCCGCGCUCGGGGGCGCGCCGGGCGCCGCUUUGGACGAUAGCCUUGUUUGGCUGCAAGGGGUCGGCCGGCAUGGUUCACCAUGACUGCGAUCAGCCCGUCCACCAACUUAAUCUUAAAAUCGCCCGGUUACCAGGAGGAGGAGGAGGAAGGCAGCGUGCGUUAUCGGGGCGUCGGGUCUGUCUGCUAACUGAUGUCAAAACACUUGCGUCAGUCAUACAGCCAAGAUGGCCUUUAAAAAUAAUUCUGCUGGGGAAAAAAAAAAUCUGUUAACCACUUAAAUGUUGCCAUAGAGUUGCUGCUGAUGAUGUUUGUUGCUCUGUUGCUAGAAAUGUUAAGGUGCCAAAGGCGCUAUAAAAUUGUUUCCCGAUGAGCAUCAGCUCAGGGGUGACAUACGCUUUCAUUAAACAGCAAUCAGGGGGGGAAAUAAUGAAACGUCAGCGGAUUAGUCAACGUGGUGUCUGCUUUCAUGGGGGCAUCUUGGUAGGGGGACAUUGAUCAGGGACGGGGCGUUUGCCUGUUGUAAUCAGUAAUUUGCUGUUUUCUCAUUUUAGUACCGGAGAAGAUAAACCAGGAUGGUAACGUAUUGUUUGUAACCAGGCGUCCGCUUCUCUAAAGGCCGUUCCCACCCCUAGACUUUCUUGACGAGCCCCCCUCCCCCGCCACCUAUGACAGCCAUGUCCAACAUAAACAAUACCCUUUGCAUUGAGAAUGGACAGGGUGCCGAUGUGUCCCUGUUACAGAAGGACAAUCUUCAGGACAGUGGAUUAAGCCAACUUUUGGAUUAUAAUGCCGAAAUGGAACGGUACCGCUCUUUCGCCAACUUUUACAAAACGAACGGCGCCUUCCCGCAGACGGCUAAGAUCGCCCGCAUAACGACGCCCAUUUUCCCCAGCGCCCGCAUCGGCGUGUCCCCCUGGAACUGCGAUAACGCCAUGCUCUGGGGGAGGAAGUCUGCAGCGGUCGCUCCUAAUAGGACCAGCAUGCAUAGAAAUGAGUCCCAGAGGCCGGGCAAACCUGGCGUGCCGCCAGAGACGUUGCAAAUGGCAAAUAAUAAUUUCCUCUCCACCUUAUCCCCCGACCACUGCAGACCUUUAGCGGGGGAAUGCAUGAACAAGCUGAAAUGCGGCGGAGCAGCUGAAGCGGAGAUAAUGAAUCUCCCAGAACGCGUCGGAACUUUUUCCGCAAUACCGGCUUUGGGGGGCAUCUCAUUACCUCCCGGGGUCAUCGUCAUGACAGCCCUGCACUCCCCCGCAGCCUCCGCCGCCGUUACAGACAGUGCGUUUCAAAUUGCCAAUCUGGCAGACUGCCCGCAGAAUAAUUCCUCGGCGUCCAGCGGCAACCCGGCCAAGAAGAAGAGGAAAAGGUGCGGGGUGUGCGCCCCCUGCAGGCGGCUGAUCAACUGCGGGGUGUGCAGCAGCUGUCGGAAUCGCAAAACCGGCCACCAGAUCUGCAAGUUUCGGAAAUGCGAGGAGCUGAAGAAGAAGCCCGGCUCGUCGCUGGAGAGGACGCCAGUGAACAGCGGAGAGGCGUUCCGAUGGUUCUUUUAGAGCCUUUUCCCAGCUGGGGGUUCUGGCACAUCCCCACCCCCGCUCCUC